AUGCUCUGCCGCCCCACCCAACCGACCACCAACCGCAGCCCAGCGCCCGACCCCGGGCCAGGACCACAGAAGGAAGCCGUGGAAAGAAGGCCACGGCGGCCCCAGUUACCGGGCACCCCGCCAACCCCACCCCCAAACCCAGAGGCGCCCCAUCCCACCGGCCACCCGCACGCCCCCCCCGGAACCACCCGGCCCCUCAUACCCCGAACCCCAGCUCCGUUACCCAGUCCGCCGCCCGAAGUAGCCACCGACCCCCAACAAAAAGGACCCAGCCACAAGCGCAGCCCCACUCCAAACAAAGGAGCAGACCAGCCAGCCCAGCACAACCAAAAUACGCCACACAAAGGAGGGCACAUGACCAGCAUGUCCAGCCACCCCCGAACCCACAGGACAGAGCCAACAGAGCGCCCAGCCCCCGAAGCCCGCCACCAGACAGCAGCCACAACCAGGCAAGCAGGGCAACAAAACACAUCCCACUCCAACACCAAGGCCGCCACCAAACCGCACCUGACCCAAAACGGCAGGCCCACCCAAAUGCAAGCUCCAGGCCAUGAUAGGUACAUGCACCCCUCCCCCAUAGACAGGCAAACCGAGACCACCGGGCCAGCUGGGCAGUUAAGCAGACCACACGAUGCACCACCCCGCCCACUACCAUGCCCAAGGGAAAGACACCGGCCCAGCAAGCCGAAGGGCGCCACAGAAAGGCCCCAGCACACGGAGCAAAGAGGUCACACCCCCAUCCAGAGACGCAGACCCACCUACAUCCAGGUCAGCCAAGCAAAAACGAUAGAGCCAAGCCAGACCGCAGAUCCCCCCGAGCCAGCACCACAGCAACACCACCCAUCCUUCUGUGCAUUCGUAGGGGCACGGCGAGGACCACUAACCCCGAGCAGACCGAACCCACCAGGAACCAUCCAGCAAACGAGCAAACCCUACCCCAGUAUGAGGCGAGACGCCCGACGCAAGCACAGAGCCCAGCGACGCCCGCCCUGA